CAGCGGUAUUAAAUCAAAGAAGCAGUCAAGGCACAAAUAAAGUGUAUUAACGUAGUCCUCAAUCACGCAUAACAACCUCUCUCAAAUCCCAACUCCGACUACCCACUUCCUGUAACUUCUCAAAAACACCGCCAAGUUCCCUCUGAUUGUUCGGUGCUCGAAUUUGGCUGUUUCGUUCUUCCUGAUUCUCCCGUUAAAACUCCAAGACAUUGAAGAAUGAGGCUUGGUGCUGGGAAAGAGGGGCCAUCAUGCAGCACUGAACAAGUGAUUGACUUAAUUUCAUGGGUGAAAGGAUUACAUGUGCUUAGCUCGCAAGAGCUUAGUAAGCUACUCAGGGAUUCUGAAAACAAUAUCCUUCAGCAAAUUAUGGAAAAUGGAUCCUGUAUACAGAUUGAUGUGGAAAAACUUGCAAGAUAUAUUCCUUUGCACCUUAUUGCAAUAAUUAUGUCAUCUGACCAAGAUGAAGCAUCGUUCAAAUACUUGUUAUGUGGAUUUCGGUUGUUGCAUACCUUGUGUGAUCUAACAUCUCGGCACCCUAAACUUGAGCAGAUAUUUCUUGAUGAUGUCAAAGUAUCAGAACAGCUGCUUGAUCUUAUCUUUUAUUUGCUCAUUAUCCUUGGUGGUUAUAGACAGGAACACCAAAGUCCAAGUCAUGUAGCCCUUUUACAUUCAACUCUUGUGGCAUGCAGUCUAUAUCUAUUGACAGGAUUUAUUUCUUCACAAUGGCCAGAGCUUGCUCAAGUGUUGGUUGCACACCCUAAGGUUGAUGUAUUCAUGGAUGCAGCCUUUAAUGCUGUUCGCAUUGAUAUCAAUUUUCUCCAGAUCAAGCUGUCAGCUCAAAAUACCGACUUCUAUGUGAAUUCCAAGGCUACUGUUGAAGAAACGUUAAACCAUCUCUGCCAGCAGUGCGAGGCUUCUUUACAGUUCCUCCAGUCAUUAUGUCAACAAAAGUUGUUUCGAGAGCGCCUUGUUAAGAAUAAGGAAUUAUGUGGAAAAGGAGGCGUUCUUUUUCUGGGUCAAGCAAUUAUGAACUUAAAUGCAACACAAUUUUCAAUAGAUUCCUCAGUUGUGGCUGCUGUAUAUAGGAUGAAAUCCAAAGCUUUAUCUAUUCUGUUGCAUCUCUGUGAAGCAGAAAGUGUAUCUUACUUGGACGAGGUUGCUAGCACCCCAGGAAGCCUGGAUCUAGCAAAGUCUGUUGCUUCAGAGGCGCUUGAAUUGCUGAAGGCAAUGUUUGGUGGAGAUCCCAAAGAAUUGAGUGCUUCCUGUGUGAAAACCUACCCAACGGGUCUUUUGCAACUCAAUGCAAUGCGUCUGGCGGAUAUCUUCUCUGAUGAUUCUAAUUUUCGAUCAUACAUCACACUGUAUUUUACAGAAGUUUUGGCUGCAAUCUUUUCACUUCCACAUGGAGAGUUCUUGUCUAGUUGGUGUUCCUCUAACCCUCCGGCUUGUGAAGAAGAUGCUACUCUGGAGUAUGAUCCAGUGGCAGCAGCUCGAUGGAUUUUGGAUUUUGGACUUUCAUCAUCGGAUUUUUCAAAUGUGAUGAAUUCAGAGAUUGCUUUCAUUCCCUCUAACAUGCCGCGGGCUUCCUAUGCUCAUCAGAGAACAUCAUUGUUGGUCAAAGUAAUAGCAAACCUCCAUUGUUUUGUCCCUGACAUCUGCAAAGAGGAGAAGGAUCUCUUCCUUAAUAAGUUUCUCCGGUGCAUGCAAAAGGAACAACCUAAAUUAUCAGAUGGGGUUGCAUUCAUUUGCGAUGCUGAAAAAGCCGCCGUUGUUGUCAGGAAUCUGCGUUCCUUGUUGAGUCAUGCAGAAUCUUUAAUUCCUGGCUUUCUAAAUGAGGACGAUUUGAAUCUCCUUAGGGUGUUCUUCAGUCAAUUACAGUCACUGAUUACUCCUGAAUCCGAAGUGAAUCGAAUUCAAGAGACUCAAAGUAUGGGGGGAUGCUCAUCACCUCUACCAAAAAAAGUAGCUCCAGAUCUAAGUAACAGAAGUGGUAACGUGAAAGAGGGCAUGUCAGAGAAUUCUGCUUUCCAAGAAGUGGACCAGUUCUAUCUCAGGAGCAAUGAUAUAGAUCAAGAAGAAGAUGUAGGGAGGCAAAACAAGAGGACAGAUAAAGGUAAACCUGGUGGGGUUGAGGCUAAAGUUAUAAGAGAGAUUGAUAGAGAUGCUCAGAAUGACGAAACAAGUGGGUCAGAUUCGAACUCUACACGAGGAAAGAACUCUAUUGAUCAGACAGACAACCUUGAUUUUUUAAAAUCAAGUGAGCAAAUCAAAGAAAGUGGAUUUGGAGAAGUUCAAGAGGAAGAACUGAUCGGAACUGUCCAGAGUGAAGAGAAGCAGAGAAGAAAACGUAAGCGGACCAUAAUGAAUGAAAAUCAGGUAGCACUAAUCGAGAAGGCCCUCUUGGAAGAACCUGACAUGAAGCGAAAUGCAGCCUCAGUACAGUCAUGGGCUGAUAAAUUGAGUGCUCAUGGUUCUGAGGUUACAACUUCCCAGCUUAAAAAUUGGCUGAAUAACCGCAAAGCAAGGCUGGCCCGUGCUGCACGAUCUGAAGUCGCGAGCAACCCUCACCAAGGUGGGUCAGGAAUUAGUCCACUCUAUGACUCAUCUGAGAGUGACAUGUGCGUCCCAUUGGCUACAAGAGGGACUCGCCUGAGUGGAAUUGGGGGAAGCACUUCGAAGACUGAUGCCACUGAGCACUCAGCAUCUGAGCUUGCGGGAUUGGUUGAUAUUACUCCUGUACAAUGUGAGCCAGGACAGUAUGUUGUGCUUGUGAAUGGCCAAGGAGAAGAAAUUGGUAAGGGAAAGGUGUAUCAAGUGCAUGGCAAAUGGUGUGGAAGAAAUUUGGAGGAAUUGGAGACGUGUGUUGUGGACAUUAUUGACCUUAAAGCCAACAGAUGGGCUAGGCUUCCGCACCCAUGUGAAGCCACUGGCACCUCAUUUGAUCAGGCUGAAAAAAAACUUGGUGUGAUGAGAGUGUUGUGGGAUUCUAACAAAAUUUUCAUGUUGCAACCCCGGUGAAUUUCAGCGAGUGUCCCUGCCUUGAAGGUGCUGGGGCUUUGAUAAACUCAAUUAUUUGCAGUGGACUAUGAAGCAAACUAUGAGAUAUGCCAUCCUAUUUAAAUCAUCUUGCUGUAACUAUACUUGUACUUUUUAUAUGUGGUGGCCUGUGGUAACAGAGCUGCG